CUGUUGCAGAUAUGCAUGAGGAGAGUAAAGCUGCAGCAAAUGGAUGUGGCAAGAUCCGAAGCGGUGCUCAAAAUGGGGCAGCUUUACUUGCCCUCAUGGAGAAGACUGGAUACAGCAUGGUUCAGCAAAAUGGGCAAAGAAAAUUCGGUGGUCCUCCACCAGGUUGGGAAGGUCCUCCACCACCUCGUGGCUGUGAAGUUUUUGUGGGUAAGAUUCCGCGUGAUAUGUAUGAAGAUGAGCUGGUUCCUGUUUUUGAGAGAGCUGGGAAGAUCUAUGAGCUCAGACUGAUGAUGGAGUUCAGUGGGGAGAACCGAGGCUAUGCUUUUGUCAUGUACACCACUAAGGAGGAAGCCCAGCUGGCCAUCAAGAUUCUUAACAAUUAUGAAAUUCGUCCAGGGAAGUUUAUCGGUGUCUGCGUAAGCUUGGACAACUGCAGACUGUUUAUUGGAGCAAUCCCUAAAGAUAAGAAGAAAGAAGAAAUACUGAAUGAAAUGAAAAAAGUUACAGAAGGAGUGGUGGAUGUCAUUGUUUAUCCAAAUGCCACUGACAAAACUAAAAAUCGUGGCUUUGCCUUUGUAGAAUAUGAAUCUCACAGAGCAGCUGCAAUGGCUAGAAGACGACUAAUCCCAGGAACAUUCCAGCCCUGGGGUCAUACUAUUCAAGUAGACUGGGCAGAUCCUGAGAAAGUAGUUGAUGAAGAAACUAUGCAGAGAGUCAAAGUCUUGUAUGUGAGAAAUCUAAUGAUAUCUACUACAGAGGACAAGAUCAAAGCUGAAUUCAACAAGUUCAAGCCAGGAGUAGUUGAACGUGUGAAGAAGUUGAGGGACUAUGCUUUUGUUCAUUUUUUCCACCGUGAAGAUGCAGUUGCUGCUAUGUCUAUAAUGAAUGGAAAGUGCAUUGAUGGAGCUAGCAUUGAGGUAACCCUGGCAAAGCCAGUUAACAAAGAAAGUUCUUGGAAGCAGCAUUUUAAUGGUCAGAUAAGUCCCAGCUCUGAAAACCUCUUAGGGUUUCCUAACAAAGAAGAUGGUACUCAGAAAUCCUUGGGGAAACCAGCAAGUCUUUCAGUUCGUCUGAAUGGUCAGCACAGUCCAAGCCCUCCUGAAGUUGAAAGAAGUACAUAUCCCAUUUUUCCAGGAAUAAAGCUUACUCCAAUUAGCAUGUAUUCUUUAAAGCUGAGUCACUUCAGUUCUGCAGUAAUGCAUCUGGAUUAUUUUUGCCAUAAAAAUAGCUGGGCACCACCAGAAUAUUGCUUGUAUUCAACCACAAGUCAGGAUGGGAAAAUACUCUUGGUGUACAAGGUGCUCAUUUCUAGUAUUGCAGACGAUUCCCAGAGUUAUUUCAUGCCAGAAAAACUCUGUACAACAGUAGAAGAUGCAAAGGAAUUGGCAGCACAGUUCACACUUUUACAUCUAGCCCCUGAGCAAGCAUAUAUAACAUUGCUGUCCCUGAAUGCAGCAUGGUGGGAUAGUAAAGCCAACUGUACACCCUACUUGGUUUGAAUAUCCCUGAAGAAGAGGAGUUUGGAAUUUAUUGCUUUGGAUCUUGUAAUGAAAAGAAAAAG